AUGUCUUCAAAGCGUGCGCAGAAAGUGAACACAUACUUGGAUAUUGAGGUUAUCGUCAACAAUGAAGAGGAGGAGGAGGAGGAGGAGGAGGAACUGGCCAAGUUGCUCGCCGACGUCCAAUGCACUCAACAAGCUCGGGUGCGUCUUGAUAAUGCAUGUGUCGGCAAUGAUGCUGCUGAGGCAGAACCCAUGGCCUGGUCUAUUACGGAGAGAGACAUGGCGGCUAGAUGUGCAUAG